GGAAAAUUUCGCAAACAUAAACUAGCCGCCAGCACAAAAUCAAAAUCAAAAUAUCUCAUCAAAAUCCAUCCGUGGAUAACCGAGAGAGCUGAAUCAGCCAUGGCGGUCUCAAUCUCAUCCUCUCUCUUCUCUCUCUCUCCAACAAUUCCGAAAACCUCACCUUCUUCUUUAAAGUCUCUCUCCUUCUCUUAUUCCAACUCAGCCUCGUUCAGCAAGUCGUUGACCCACCAAAUUAGCAGGGGCAACAACAGUGCUCGGGUUCCGGGUCGGGUCAGAACCCGGUCCAGGGUCCUGACCUGCAAAAGUUUUUUCGGGCUUGGGGUGCCGGAGCUGGUGGUGAUAGCCGGCGUCGCCGCCCUCGUUUUCGGCCCGAAGAAGUUGCCUGAAGUCGGCCGCAGCAUUGGCAAGACGGUCAAGAGCUUCCAACAGGCGGCAAAGGAGUUCGAGACAGAGCUGAAAAAAGAACCUGAUUCUGAAAUAGAGACCCCCGUGGAGAAAGCUGCACCAGCAAGUGAAGAGGAGAGAGAAGUAAAUGUCUCAAGCACAAAGGGGGGGAGCUUAUGAGACUAUGAAUACCAGCACCAUUUAAGCCUUUCUCUGCUCAUACCCUGCUAGUUUUUUUUUUUUUGAAUGGCUAUACCCUGCUAUAGUGUUGGUUGAGAACCAUGUGUAGAAUUUGUGGGAAUGUAAAAGUUGAAUCAUCUACUUUUAUUCCAUAGUGCGCAGAAUGCUUUUUGUUGGGCAAA